AUGGAAAUGGUUUCAUUCGAUGAGACCUCGGUUGGAUUGGUAGCGAUAUCGGAUAUGCGCCUCAAAGGUCUACUGUGUUCCGAAGAACCACCACCAAUCGUUACUACGAUCGAUCCACCAACGAUUGUCUCCUUGUUUGGUCUACAACAAGGUCCUGGCGUGAACGUGCCCUACACACUCGAUCUGAACUGUGAUUUCUCAACUGAUUACUGCAGUCAGUGGGUGAAUGAUGACGGUGUAGUGGCUUACGGUGUAGUACCGAGGGACAGCGAAAGGUUCCCAGUACCCAAAUAUAUCAGAGGUAAUGCGGCCACAUUCCUGCUAGAAGGGGCAAAAGCCUCAAUGCUACGCUCAAGAGAAGUACCAUGCGCACAAGAUGCUACUGUCAAUGUGACUUACAUG